UUACCGAUCCCCGCUAAAAAUAUUCUGGCAACUUAUCCCCAAAACUUCCAGAUUCCGCAUUGUAGUUCAGAAGCGUUGCGAUAUAUACGUCCACGCAGGUCGUCUUCGCCGCCAUGGGGAAAACGCCAAAGCCAAAGAGCAAGAAGGUUUCGCUACACUCUCGUGCUGCGCGCCGUGAGACUUCUCCCACCCUUGCCGGAAACAUUGACAAGUCCCUGUUGAACGUACCGCGUGCAUCUUCUCCGCGAGAUAGAGCUCCACGGCACUCCGUCCUGGCCGCAAAUACGUCCGCCGGCGUAUCGAAACGUCCGAAGCGGGGACAGCAUACUCGGCAUCAGAAGCUGCGAAGGGAGAAGAUAAGCCAAAAAGCCGACGAAUUUGCCGGGAAACUAGAGACCAAGACCACACUCAGCGUGAAGAGAGCGAAGAAAAUCAAGGAAAGAGCUAAGGCAUGGGAGGACGUCAACGAUAUUGCUACGAUCGCACCUGUAAACAAGUUUGACGCUCUGAGAGAUGAAGGCAAUAAUGGCGAGGACUGGGAAGACAUGGACGACGAUGAGACGAUGCGAGAGGCCAGUAAUGUAAAGACAGCAGACUCCACUGCUAAGAGACAGCCGUUGCCAUCUUCAAUCACGCCUUCCGUGUCCAUAGCUCCUACAGAAGAAGACGAGAUACUCUGA